AUGCUCACGCCAGUGGUAAUCAUCGGCAUCGCAGCCGGUGCCACGGUCUUCGCGAGCUCGCUGCUCGCAGUGUUUAUGCUCCUGCGACACGGCGGAUCGUUCGAUCGCAUGCAGAAGGAGGCAAUAGGGCUGCCAGAGACGCUGGGCGAGCAGAAGCCGCUGCUGUACGAUGAGCUGCUGGAGAAGGCAAAGACGCUGAGCGUGCGUCCAGAGCAGCUCGGAGCGGACAAGGUGCUUGAGGGGAACUGCGUCUGCGUGCGGGACUUUUCUGUAUCAAAAGAUGCUGCUGGUCUCUUUGCGGCCUCGAGCGGGGAACAACGCGGUGGUAUCUUUCGGGACGUGACGUACGACGCCGACGAGAUGAUCUGGAGAUAUCUUCCGCAUGGACCUUUUGCGUCCGUUGCGGAUUUCAAGAGGUUCUACUCGAUUAAUGUGGAAGGUGCACGUCACUUUGUGCUGCUGCAUCGACAGAGCAAGCAGUCGAUUGGAAUGGUGACGCUGGGCGCACACUCACCGACGGACCUUCGGAUCGAGGUGAUGCACUUGUGGCUCACGCCGGCUUUUCAGAAUUCAGCAGCUAUGACAGAGAGCGUGUUGCUGAUGUUGAAGCACCUUUUUGGUAGUGGAUACCGUCGAGUGGAGUGGCGCUGUGACGGGCACAAUGUUCGUGCUCGACGUGCGGCGCACUCGUUGGGGUUCACUUUUGAAGGGGUGAUGCGCAAGCAUCGAAUCAUCAAGAGCUGCAACUGUGACACUGUUGUCUUUGCUGCUGUCAACAGCGACUGGACGGUGAUGCGGGAGCAUUUGGAACACAAACUUUACCAAGCGCUGCUACAAGAUAACGGAGAGUCUGACGCGAAGAAGGUCGAAUGA